CGCCACCAAACGUUGGACCACAUCUGCGACAGAUAGAAGCAGAACAGCGAUCGCUCUUUACUACUCUUGGGACUCCUGCGCAGGCAGUGCAUUUUUCUGGUACAGUGGAUAAUACUAGUAGUGCCAACGACCACCAGGAUGGCAGAUUACGCGUUUCUACGCACAACCCGGACCAAGAUGCCCUACCUUCAUCACAAAGUAGUAACAGCAUGUUCGCUACCGAGUACGCCGACUUAGAUCGACUUAGUCGGCGCGCAGGUCAGCGACUGCCCCAUCUAGCAGCUGCUACAGUAAAGAGUAUCUUAGGGUUUUGGACGGAACUAAAUCGCAAAUUUCCUCUAGAAAAUUCCGUUUUACGGCUAGCGCUAUUGCAAUACGAGGAAAGCACUGGCGGUAUGCAGGGAGUGAGUAUUCCGAUGAUCGUACGAAAGAGGGACAAAAUGCUAGAUCUGGAUGUGAAAGGAAGCGACUUUACUACAUCAGGACCUAGCAGGAGCGCGGCCAACUCUCUGCUGGAUCCUGAUCCCUCACACUCCUUCCUUCUCAACCAGCUCCAAACUGGAUCUCAAUUCUUCCGACCAGAGGACAACGACGACGACAGGC